AUAAAACGUCAGUGGUCUUUUUGUGUUGUGUGGGCUUUAUCGCAGUGCUUGGAAAAACUCAGAGAUUAUUGGAUUAAAUCAAGUUAAAUUCACCCCAAUCGUGCAUUAAGGAUGUGCAAAACAAUCCCAAUGGACUCCCUCAGCGAUUAGAGCACCUGCGUCGUCCCCCCCCCCUCCUCGCGUGGUUUCUUUGCGAAAUGUUUGUGGAAUAUCAGCAAAUAGUGACUAAAUGGAUUAGUAUUAUCACCAAGGGUACAAUAAAUACAUGUGAGAAAUGGAAAUUCGACAGCACCGGUGUGUUGUCCUGAUAUUGGCAAUUUUUCUCCUUUACACCCAUGGGGAGGAGCACUGUGUCACAUCAUCUUCCGGCGGGACGUCCGGGAGGGUACUUCAUUGCACCAAUGCCACCCUCGGUGAUGUCCGGGGGAGAUUCUUCGGUGAGGGGCAAUCCUACACGGAGAUCAUUCUGCGGAACAUUUCAAAUGCAGACAGGAAGAUUUUUCUCGAGCUAAGGGAUGCGAGUGAGACGGAAGUGCUGGUGUGGGUGGGAAGUGGGGUGAAUGAUGGGCAAUUUGAGCGUCUUAUGGGUGACCGGAGGAGAUUUGUGCGACUCCGGAAGUUGGAUUUGAGUGACAAUGAGGUGUCGCAUGUGCCAGAACGAAGUUUUGCCAAAUUAAUUCAGCUGAAGAUUCUCAAUUUAUCCGGCAAUCGUAUUGGGAAUGUGUCUGCGAAUAUUUUUAUGGAUUUGCAAACACUAAAGGAGCUCCAUAUGGCAAGGAAUGGGUUGGUGCAAAUUUCAACGGCAACAUGGAGCCCAUUUGUGUACCUCAAGGAGCUCCUUGUGCUGGAUUUAGCUGAUAAUUCGAUCAGAGAUCUUCCGAGACAUACCUUUCGUGGCCUGGAUGUGCUAAAGCAACUCCAUUUGCAGAGGAAUCAACUAACAGUGGUGCCAUUUCAGCUUUUUGCCGACAUUGGGUCCGUUGAGAUGCUAGAUCUCUCCCACAAUGGCAUCGUAUCCAUCCUCGAUAAUCACUUUAUUGACAAUGGGAAACUCCAGGUGCUCCAUUUGGAGCACAAUAAAUUGGUUUCAAUCUUCAAAAAUACAUUCAAUGGACUGAGUCGUCUCAACUAUCUCAACAUAGCGGAGAAUCGUAUUAAUUUUAUCGACCGCAAUGCCUUUAGCAAUCUCGAGGAGCUGAGAUAUCUUAAUAUUAGUGGAAAUCACCUAUUAAUUUUGUCCUCAAGUGUCUUUAGUGCGCUUACGGGGCUUGAGCAGCUUGAUAUGAGUGGGAAUCCCUUUGAGAGCCUCCCCAAAGGGAUUCUAAUGCAUCAGUAUGCCCUAAAGGAGUUUACGCUUAGUCGCACGGGAAUCCGGAGGAUUGAAAAUCUCGUAGCAAGGGACAAUGGGACCCUCAAUAGGGACAUACUGAGGCACCUAAGGGUUGUUACUAUUCAAGAUAAUACCAAUCUUUCGUGCCUCGAUGGGAGUGUUCUCGCCAAUAUGCCAGCUGUUGAGAUUCUCCGGAUUACAGGGAAUCAACUUACAACAAUACCCAAAGAGAUUGGGGAUCUUUUGACCCUUCGGGUGGUGGAUUUAAGUGGGAAUGCCCUUACAUUCCUUCCGGAUACCCUAAAUAGACUGCCUCAUCUGCGCUAUGUCAAUUUCAUUGCCAAUGAUUUUGCCUGUGACUGUCGUAUGCAUUGGAUGGUGUCGUGGCUGCGGCAUCUCCUUGCCCCAAGGGAGAAUAGCACAGACAAUGCGGUUGAUGAUGUGUGGCAUGAAGCAGCUGCUGUGAUUAAUGUACACGACCUCAAGUGCAGAAAUGGCUAUCCGGGUGAUAUGCAGAGAGUUCUGCAGCAGUUGCACUGCUUCAAACCAACCCUAAUUCAUGUUUCACAACCCACAAUGCAUCUCCUGCAGUCAGAUGCAACGCUAGAGUGCUCCUUUACGGGGAAUCCAACGCCAAAUAUAAUCUGGGUGACACCACAUAAUGAAAUUUUGCGCUAUGUUCCGGAUCCGGACAUAAAAAUGCCAUCUGUUGAUCCGCAUCAGGAGAAGUAUCAGCAGAGUAUUGAGCUACAAUUCCUCAAUAGUACAAUGAGUAGGAGGAAUUACACGCGCAAGGAGACACAAAAGAGGAAUUCAAGUGUUGAUCUCCUUGAGAAUGGAUUCCUCAGAGUCCACAAUAUUAGUCGCAGUGAUAGUGGGACGUACACGUGCUAUGCGUGGAAUAUAAUGGGAAAUACCAGCUCACUGUACAUUGAUCCAAUAAUCUUCUAUCGCGUAAAAAUUGGAAGCAUCAUUUGUGGUAUAAUCACAGCUGCGUGCUUCCUCGCGGGCACCCUUAUUGUUCAGCUGAUCCGCAGAAUAAACGACCGCUUUGGGCUGACAGAGAAGUGCAUGAGGAAUUGCUGUGAUUGCUGUUACCGUGACAAGGCAACACCGCGUGCACGGCAGAUUUAUGCUAUGUUGGAUAGCAUUGAGCACUACAAGAGUAUGCAGCUGGAGAAGUUGCGAGAGAACUAUGCGCAGCAAGUGCACAGGAUCAAGGAUAAUUGCGCACAGCAAGUUGAGUGGAUACAAAAUUCAUACUCGAGUCAGGCGAAGCAUCUCAAGGACAUUCGUGACAUUGGGACGCAUCAUUUGACUUCGCUGCGGGAUCAGUACUACGAUCAGGUGAAGCGUGUGCGGGAUUAUUCCACGGGACAGCUGAACUGGGUGCGUGAAAACUACGUGUUUCAACGGAAUAAAAUAAGGAAGUUUAGUGCACAUCAAGUGCUGCGACUUCGUGAGGGGUACAAGUACCAGCAGCAGACACUCAACAAAGUCCUGGAGAAUUUGCCGAGUUUCUAUUUUGAGAAUUGUCGCGGCCGGAGUGAUGAUGAUGAUGAAUUUGAUGAGAAUCUCGAGGUUUAUUUGAAGACGAAAAUGGAUAAAUUUUCAUCGCAAUUCGACCAGCGCAAUCACAUUAUGCAUCAACGGCAUCUGGAUAAGAUGCUGGAGAACUAUUCGGUACGCAGUGUGGACGAUAGCAAGGCAUCGGUGUACUACACACCAACGGGGGAGGAUAAUUUGAAUUCACCAAUGCUCCACACAUCGCCGAUUCACAUAAAUUACAUCAGGAAUGAUGUAUGCCUCGAUCUGCCGGCCAUUCUGUAUCCCGAAGAGAGGCUAAGGCUGUACCAAAGGAAGGUGGAUGAGACAAAUUGUGCCACAGCUGCUGAGGGGGAGUGUGUGUGGGUGGAUCCACUGACAAUUGACCAAUUUGUACGUUCGGACGCGGCGGAGGUGAAUGAGCGGGCAAAAAAGCGACGUAGACGGAAGACAAUUGAUCUCUCGUUUCCCCUCCAAGACUUCACCGCGGUACUUAAGGAAGACACAAGUGACGACACAUCGUCCGGCAAUCCCUCCACUGAGGAAACAAAAGUUAAAUCUUCCGGCUCAGGCACAAACAACAGCAGCAGCGUCAGCAGUGGCAAUUGUCUCCUGCAGAGUAGCUCGAGUUUGCCGGUGAUUGUCCCACCACCUCCGUGACCUGUGGCAAUCGCAAUUCAAUAGUGAUUUAUCCUCAUAUACAUAUAGGUAGAGUGUUCAAAAAAAAAAAAAAGAAACAAAUUAUUAGACUCAUUUUUCUCUCAAUUUUUUUCCUCUAAUUUUUUUUCAAUAGGAAUCUAAAUAUUUAUGCAAA